CACCAGAUUCGCAUGAUAUCCAGCCAUAUGAAUUUGACCUGCAUGAUGUCGCAGAGCACAUUAUGGCAAGAAAAGGCCACUUGUUGUGCUUGUUAUACUAAUAUGAUUGCAGAGUCAACACGUAUCCUGAAAGCUGUCAACGACGAACCAGAAAGAAGUUCUCCUUUGAGCAAAAGCCAUUCCACCGUUGAUUCUGAAAAGUCUCCUGUGACCACGUUUGAGUCUCUGGCAACAGGAUGAAGCUCCUCUAUCUCUUGCCUCUCUUCUUGGUGCUCGUCAGUGCUGACGAUCAUCCUGAGACUGAAGAUCCAGAACAUAGUUCGACCGUCCAGGUCAGUACUUCCACUCACCAUUCCGAGACUGAGCAUACCUCGACUAUGCCAAUCACUACUUCCACGCACCAUUCCGAAACCGAGCAUACUUCGACUACACCUUCGUCGACACGCCUCUCUGGAGCAAGCCACACUUCCUCCACCAGCUACAGCUUCAGCAAUGGCAUCAUGACAACAACGACGAGGCCAUCGUCAACCGGGGUAGUUUGCCGAACAGCUGGCUCCGCGGGCACCCACAGCCUGACAGUCUUCUGCCCUAUGCUGUCUGCCCACCCGACGCACACGGGCAUGAUGGGCGGCGGAGGCAUGAUGGGAUCCGAGUACGAAUGUCCUGACUAUGAAGGGAGCGGGUACCACUAUACCAUGAACAUGAUGGGCUCGAAUCCCAUGUGCUGCACCUCUUCCGCGACGCUCACCAGCGUUGGAUCCUCCAUGGGCUGUUGCCCGUGCGGCUCGAUAUGCACGGGCACCGUCCCGCGCGUGCAGAACUGGUACACCGCUGCUGGUCAAGUCGUGCUCACCACGGGCACUAUUCCCAGCACCGCUACUGCCGCACCCACGGCCACUGUCACCGUUGUUCAAGGAGGAGCAGGAGGUUCAUUGCUUCAAGGGACUGCCUAUCUGAAUCUGCCCUUUAUCGUUGGCAGUCUGAUCCUUGCUGUGUUACUGGGCAGCGAACUCUUCUUUUAACGGCUGGCUUGCAUGUGAUUAUCCAUGUAAAUAUGUGUAAAUAUAUAUAUUGUGUGGAAUUAAGCAAAAGACUGCGAGUGUGGAAAGUUGCCACUGUUGCAGAUACGAUUUGGGUCCC